UUAUAAACACAUUCCUAAUUAUUAGAGAUUGACAUGAAACUAGAUUCGCUUGAUUUAAAUUUUCCACUCGUUUAUACAACUAAUUUAAAGGGACAGCGCAGCGGUUUCGAAAGAUCAAAGGUGCUGAUAGAGAGUCAGCAGACAUUUUGAACAAUCUUUGAACUGACAAUUAGACUAUUGUAUUGUACGUUGAUAUCAGUUUUUAUCUAAAGUUUCGUUUAAAUACUUAUAUUCUAUUUAAUAUAAUAAACUAUUAAGUUCGGCGGAUUACAGCAUGAUAAAGGAUGUUGGCUUACUUCUUUCUUGUGGACUCUUCGUUUACCAGAUUUAGCACCAGUGGAUUUCUUUACAACUUUUAUGAAGUUGUAAAAUAAGUUGUUCAUUAUCCAGGCUGAGAAAUCAUGUUCGUUAAACAAUUACAACAUCCAAUUGAACAUGCUUUCUGUCACUUAUAACGAAAAAGAAAUAUGUAUGCAAAGAAAUAAUUUUUAUCAUUGUAUUCUGUUACUUACAAAACGAAUGAAAAUAUUUGACAAGACCACUUUUGUAAGAGAAGUUAAAUGGGAUUCUUUAGGAGAAUGUUUUUGAAAUUUACAAUCAUUAGACUUUAUUUUUUAUAAAAGCCAUUCUUGUGUGUUAGCUUCUGCAUGGUCGCCAUUGCUGUUUAAGCAAGUAGGCAUCUGGAUUUCCAUGUUCCGUCUAAGAUUCUCUCCAAAGUUUCACAUUGAUUUUACGCGGCAGAAUGCAUAUUCAACUCUACAUUUUAAUUGUGUUACUGACGUAAUUUGUUCUCUGAUCGAUAAACAAUAUCUUUUACGACCUUCCAAAGGGAGAAAUUCACUGGUGUUAAAUUUGGUGAAGGAAAGGCCAUUAGUAAAGAACACGCCCUCGUCUGAUUCAUUAUGUUUCAAAUACUUCAUUCAUGAAUUGAUUAACCGGUCAAGUAGAAUCGAAUUAUGAUUACAUAUAAUUACAUUAAUAGAAUAAAUACAUACAAAUAUGUCUUUAUCGCGAUAUAAUUUGGCGUAAUUUGUUUAAGUGACUAAAGCGUAAAAAUUGCAGAUACGUGACACUACUCAAUCGUGUAGGUAAAUAAAUAAAGCUAAUAACGUGAUUCGCAAUUAAUCCUGCCCAAAUGUAUAUGAUGAAGUGCUCUUAAUUAAAUUAUUCGAUCAUUACAUGCAGAUUUCUAUACACCCAUAUUCUGACAUUAUUUAUUACUCCUUGAAAACUUACUUUUAUUCGAACAUAAUACACAUUUCAAAAAGCGUGAGUCACGCUAUAAUUUAUGUGACAUCCAAUUGUAGAAAUUUCUUCGAGCUAGUCGUUUGAACAUGUAGAAUUUUAUAUGAUCGCAAUCCUUCUUUGCGUAUGACAUAUCGUGUAGUAAAAUAAGUGAUUCUUGCUCGUCGAACGGCGCUCCGUAAGUCCAUUAGAUAUAUUUCACGAAACAAAGAAUGGUUUCAUCUUGGUUCAUCAAUAGCUCAUAACGUUGCUCAAUAUUUCUAUACCGAAUUAUGUCGCUCUUUACCGUGCGGCUACUAAUGUUAAAUUGACUCUUAGAGGAUUUUGAAAUGAUAGAAUACAGCGUUGAAUUCUGCCCAAAUUUUGGAAAGAAUCAGAAGUUAAAGAGGAAGAGGAAAAUGUGAUAAAACGAAUUUUGCUCUGCCUAUCACCAUUCAAUGAACUACAAAUACAAACAAUUACUCACCAUUACGAGAAUAUCUACGUACUUACGACAGUAAUCCGAAGACAAAGAUCAAUUAUUUUUAGUUGUCUUCUUCUUUUCCACGAAGAAGGAAAGAAAAAAGGCUUCGACCAAUGUCGAAGUUCGGCGAGUGAAUAGCGUAAACUAAUUUGCAUUCGAAUACCAGUGAAAUAAUAUUAAUCCGAUAAUAAAUAAUGUUGAGCAGUGUCACAAAACAUAUCUUACAUUGUUGUCUACUGCUUAUUGUCAUAAUUGUUUUUGAAAUAAUCAUUGGUGGACUUGGGUGGCAUGGCACUAAAAAAGAAACAUUUGAUCCAUGGAUUCAGUACGGAUUUCUGGGUGCCCUUAUUUUAUAUAUAUUACGGACACUUACAUUUCUUUCGUUUCCUCAAGUAUUAUUUAAUUUUGUGGGAUUAACGAUCUACAAUGCAUUCCCAGAUAAAGUUACUUUAAAAGGCUCACCAUUACUUGCACCAUUCAUUUGUAUUAGAAUAGUAACACGUGGAGAUUACCCACAAUUAGUGAAAGCAAAUGUUAAUAGAAAUUUGAACAAAUGCAUUGAAACUGGUUUGGAAAAUUUUCAAAUUGAAGUAGUCAGUGAUAAACCUAUUGGAUUAUCUCCUCAUCGAAGAAUUAGGGAAGUUGUUGUACCAGAAAAUUAUCGUACAAGUAGUGGUGCUUUAUUCAAAGCACGUGCUUUACAGUAUUGCUUAGAAAGCUCAGUGAAUGAGUUAGCAGAUCAUGAUUGGAUUGUACAUCUUGAUGAAGAGACUUUAUUGACUGAAAAUUCUGUUCGUGGAAUAUUGAAUUUUGUAUUAGAUGGAAAACAUCAGUUUGGACAAGGCUUAAUAACAUAUGCAAAUGAGGAUGUUGUUAAUUGGAUUACUACCUUAGCAGAUAGUUUUAGGGUAGCAGAUGAUAUGGGAAAAUUAAGAUUGCAAUUUACUAUGUUUCAUAAACCUUAUUUUAGUAUGAAAGGUUCCUAUGUUGUCACUCAGAUGGGUGCUGAAAAAGAAGUUUCAUUUAAUAAUGGACUAGAUGGGUCUGUUGCAGAGGAUUGCUUUUUUGCAAUGAAAGCAUUUACUCAAGGGUACACUUUCAACUUUGUAGAUGGUGAAAUGUGGGAAAAAUCACCAUUUACAUUGUGGGAUUUUGUACAACAAAGAAAAAGGUGGUUACAAGGUAUAUUACUUGUCGUACAUUCCAAAGCAAUUCCAUUAAACAAAAAGCUGCUUCUAGGCAUAUCUUGUUACUCAUGGGUAACAAUGCCUCUUUCUACAUCUAAUGUUGUAUUAGCAGGACUUUUUCCUAUUACUUGUCCACCACUUAUAGACUUUCUGUGUGCUUUCAUUGGUGCAGUAAAUAUUUACAUGUACAUUUUUGGAGUAGUUAAAUCAUUUUCUUUAUAUCGAUUUGGUAUUGCUCGAUUUAUAUUAUGUAUAUGUGGGGCAUUAUCAACAAUUCCUUUCAAUUUAAUUAUUGAAAAUGUUGCUGUUAUAUGGGGUUUAUUUGGAAAGAAACAUAAAUUUUAUGUCGUUAAUAAAGAGUACAAUCCACCAUCGAUUGUAUAAAGAAGUAUUAAAAACUGUUUAUAAAUGGCAACAUAUGCUUACAAGAAUGCUUGUAUGCAUUAAUGCCAAUAACUUUAACCAAAUAGGGGUAUUUUUAGUUGUAUUUAAAAUUGAGAGACUUGUGCAUGCGUUUAAAUUAGCUAGUUGUUUUUAGAGUAUUCAUAAAGCAGUAUAUAUAUAUAUAUACAUAUAUACUUAUAGUGUUCAAAUAUUUACCAUAUUCAAAUCAUGCCAUUAAAUUAUUUAUUUAAACUAAUAAUUCAAACAAUUAAAAAGGUUCAACAAUUUUUCAGUCUUAUGAUUCUAUUAUUACGUUAGAACUUAUAUGAAAUUCAGUAAAGUACUCAAUAUUUGCAAUAUUACCUCACACU